AUGGGACAAGUCAUUUACAUGCUCAUUUAAAUAGAUGUCCUCUUCGAGGUCAGAAGGAUGUCAAACAGAUGUUUUUGAAUCAAUUUAAAGAACCUAGUGGUAGGAUUGCAAUGGGAGCAUUUGAUUUUGAUCAAGAGAAAGGUAGGACAGAACUUGCAAAUAUGAUCAUCCUACACGAAUAUCCUCUGUCAAUGGUUGAGCAUACUGGGUUUAGAAAGUUUUGUAAUACAAUUCAACCAUUAUUUAAAGUUGUUUCUCGUAAUACCAUCAAGGCUGAUAUCUUGAAAGUUUAUGAUUAUGAGAGAACAAAAGUAAUGGGCUUGUUAGAGAGGACCAAUAGUAGAAUAGCAGUCACCACUGAUAUGUGGACAUCCAAUCAAAAGAAGGGAUUUAUGGCUAUCACUGCACAUUACAUAGAUGAUUCUUGGAGGCUUCAGAGCCGAAUUUUGAGAUUUAUAUAUGUCCCUUGUCCCCACACUGCUGAGUCACUGUCUACUGUGUUAAUGGAUUGUCUAUUUGAUUGGAAUAUUGAUCAGAAAUUGUCCACAUUGACUGCUGAUAAUUGCACCAUGAAUUACGCUAUGAUAAACAUUAUGUUAGAUAAGAUUUCUCUUGGUUCUUUGCUGUUGAAUGCCCGAGUGUUGAGAGAAUUCGCGAUAGUGUUUCAUAUUGGUCAGCAACACCAAAAAGAGUUGAAACUUUUGAGGCAGUUGCACGACAAAUGA